CGUCAAAGAUUUCUUUGGGAAAGGAUUUAAACCACGCAAGCGGAAUAUCAAGGUGUUUUGCGGCUUGAGGAUUGCACAGAGACCACGAAGGAUCAGGAUUUGUCGUUCAGCCAGGAUGAUGAUUUAUUGCACCCAAACUCUGCUGUUGUUGUUGUCUCAUCUGGUUCUGUCAGGCCGGGCCCUGACUGUCCCCACAAUCCCUGACAGCUUCUUCUACCAUGACUUCCUCAAUGGAAAUGGCAACAAAGAAAUUCAUUUCAGUGGUGUGAAGCUGAAUGUGGAGUCUGCUCAGCCAUCAGUGUUUGCAGUCAGAGGGGGUAACGCCACCAUGCCGUGCAGGUUUUGGCAUGAGCCUGAGUUGAGCUCACCAAGGGAAGUCCGUGUCAAGUGGUCCUGGCUGCCUGUUGCUGGGGGAGAGGAGAUAGACGUGCUGGUGGCUAUUGGCUCCCGCAGUCGAAGUUUUGGGGAGUUCAGAGGUCGCGUGCAGCUCAGACAGGAUUUCCCAGGAGAUGCAGCACUUGUGAUGACUAAACUCCAGCUGAAUGACACAGGCCAUUACCGCUGCGAGGUGGUGGACAGACUGGAGGACAAGAGCUCUUCAGUUUAUCUGGAGUUACGAGGUGUGGUGUUUCCCUACCAGCACCCUCGUGGUCAGUACCACCUGAGCUUCCUGGGAGCCCAGCAGGUCUGCGAGGAGCAGGACUCCACAAUGGCCACCUUCACCCAGCUCUUUCAGGCCUGGAAGGAGGGUCUGAACUGGUGCAAUGCAGGCUGGCUGGCUGACGGGACAGUCCAGUACCCCAUCACCCGGCCCAGGAUGCCCUGCGGGGGGCACGGCCUCGCCCCGGGUGUCCGGAGUUACGGCAAACGGCACCCGCACCUUCAGCGCUACGAUGUCUUCUGCUUCUCGUCUUCACUCCAAGGUAAAGUCUUUUAUCUUCAGCCCUCUGACAAGAUGAACCUGACUGAGGCUCAGCAGGCGUGUCAGGAGUACGGAGCAGAGAUCGCCAAAGUCGGGCAACUCUACGCCUCCUGGAAAUUCGCAGGGCUGGACCACUGUGACGCUGGCUGGCUGGCUGAUGGAAGCGUCCGGUACGCCAUCACCAGGCCACGAAGAAACUGUGGUCCCUCUGAGCCCGGAGUGCGCAGCUUUGGCUUCCCACCUCCCCAGCACAAGCAUGGAGUCUACUGCUACGAGUCAGAUGAUGAAUGACUGUAGAACGUACUGUAGAGCUGAUGAAGACCAUGACUUCUAUGUGGAAUUUAAGUUGUGAUUAUUUUGUUACUGAC